CAUAAGUGAAUUGUAGUGCCAAAACUGAACGCAGUGCCAACUUUGUGUCAAAGAGCAUAAGGUGUAAAAUCGACUGUCAGUGUGAUGUUAGUGGACAACUUGGUUGGCUCAAAAAUGCAAUGGGCUGGUGGGGGGAGGAGGCUUGUGGCAGUGAUCAAUCGCAUUCGAUAAUGAACUAGCGUUGAGAGCGGACGUACGGACGCCAAGAUGUCGGCAGCAGGAUCAGCGGUGGCGAUGAUCGGCGCGAACCUUCGCUUCGGUUCCUCAGGAGCGAGCAACUCGUCUAUUAUAAACAACACGAGAUUCUGCCCGCCAGGGGGCGCUGCCAGCGCAGCGGCACUGCUCGCUCUCUCCGGGCUCGGAAUGUCGGCUAAUCUAGCCCUCAUGACUGUCAUACUGAGCAAGAAACAGUUGAGAAGGUGGUCCCACGGUCUGCUGUUCCACCAGGCGGUGGUGGACUGCGCCCGCGCCGCCAUACUGCUGCCGCUCGGCAUCGCCGUGUUCCGCUGCCAACCCGUCUACAAGUGUUCCCUCGUCGAAACUGCCUUCCUUUUGCUGGUGACGGUAUCAACGGUGAAUAUGCUGACGACAGUACUCAAUGACAGUCCUAUUUUCCCGGAAAACGAAGAGGAACAAGCCGAUUUGUCAGCCCCAUUACUCAUGGAUAGCCCUCAGUGCGUUCUUUUUGGCACGUUCAUGAUAUGGUUUGCAUCAAUCACAAUAAACCUUGGACCAACGUUCUUAUCCGGGGCUUUAGCUGCCAGUGCUGGCUCCUACGGGUCCUAUGGGCCGGCCCCAUCGUGUCCGCUAGUCCGGGGACCCUUCAGGCAUUAUGUACUUAACGCGCUUUGGAUAGGCGUCAAUGCAGUCUGUGUAGGACUGACGCUUUUCCACUUGAAGAAACUCCACAGAGAUCUUACUAAGGCUAACGUAGAGGCAGUACGCGUAGCCGGUCUAGUGACCACACUUGUCAGCAUGGCCGGAGACAACAGACGCAUGGACUCACUGCCCAACAGCGUUGGACCCAGAACUGUAGAUGGUGCUAUUUCGGAUGGGCAGUGCAAUAGGCCGACUGGAAGUUCGAACUUGCCGUUUGGUGGGGGAAGACGGUUGAGGGGGUACCUCGCGCGGGUGGAGCGGGAGGGAGUGCGGCGCGUACGCAUGUUCCUCGUGAUCACUGCAGCCUAUGUCCUGUUCUGGGGUCCACUGUUUAUAAUCACUUUGCUGCAUCACCCAGCUUUGACGUCGCAUAUAGCUUAUGAGAUGUACUUCCAAAUCACACUUCACAUCUCGUACGUGCACGCGGCAGUGAACCCACUGCUUUUCAUGGCGCUACACCGGGCAUUGCGACGAGCCACACUUCAGCUAUGCUGUGGCUGUUGCGUGCAUUGGAGUCAGUUUGUACUGGCUCUCACUGCUGCUGCGCAAUCACCACUAGCCCCAUCAUCGUUCUCCCCAGCGGCCCCCUCACCGGAGCCGCCCCCAGCGCCACCCCCACCGAUGGCGCCCCCAGCGCCAGUACCAGCGCCCCCGGCCGCCCCCGCGCCUCACACGAUGAUGGGAGACGAGGAUAUGAUGGGGGAAUGGACCGGCAGUAUGCGGCGCCCGCGGUCUCCGAGCCCGCUGCUGCCUGCGAUCUGAACUGCGCACACUCCUGCGCCUAGUCGUGCGCAUAGUCGUGCGCAUCCCCAGGCGCAUUCUCGCCGGCAUACUCGCGACGCCCGCGCUCACGACGACGCGCAGCCACCGGCCAACGA